AUUUUAGGGACCAAUUUUAUUUUAUAUACCGAUCAACUCAUAGAGAAAAAAAAUAGCAUAAAACCAAAAAAUCAAACUUACGCGAAUUUUUUAGUUAUUAAAAAAUGGGUUUCUAAGAAUUAGUGUUGUAUAAAUAGAUUUGUGUAUAAAGGGAUCAUUUCGUAAAAAAUGGGUCAGGCAUUUCGUCGAGCAACUGGAAGGAUCGGAAGUUCUACUGUCGAUGCGGCGAAGAAACCUAUCGACCGGAGAAUCCCGCCGGUGAAUAAAACUCCUGCCGAUAAUGUUGGUCCAGUUGCCGAGAGCAGCCCAAAGGUUGCUAUUAAAAAUACCGUGGAAGAGAAAGAUCCCAAGUUCGAUGCAAUGCUUAGUCAAAUGGUCGGUAGAAUUCAAGCCAAGCCUGGUGGAAAGCUAGAGAUGGGUGAGGCAACAGUGGUGGAGAGGUAUGAUAGACCCUUGCCUAAGCUAAGGAAUACAACUUCAGAGUCUAGCAGAUAUGAGGAAAGGCCUGCUCCUACAGGUACGCUGAAUGUGGCACAGAUAAAAGAAAUUCUUCUCCUGCAUCAAGGCAGAUCCGAUGAUCAUCAAGGGCCUAUGGACAUCAAUGGAAUUUCUGAGCGGUUUAGAAUUGAUGCUGCCCAGGUUCAGAGGAUUCUGCAGUUCGUAUCUUUGCCUCCGGAAGACACUAGUAAAAAGAGGAACACAUAAGUGUAUCAUAUUUUAUAGUCAUUGAUAUCUCAAAGAAAUGAGUGAGUUCACACUUCCCCUGAGGUGGUUUCCUUUAUGCAUCAAUUUUGCAGCUGUAAGUGGUCUGUUGUAAUAAUGACCUAUAAUCAUGGUCCUGGAGAGAAAAUGAAUACACUAAACUGAUCGUAAUGAUGUUUGUUGCACUAGAAGAGAGCCUUCUUUUUUUCCAUAUCGAGAAGCUUACAAUAGGUCCUUGUGGUCGGGCCCUUCUAGGACCCUGCGCAUAGCGGGAGCUUAAAUGCGAACUAGCCUUUUGGUUAAUUCUACAGACAACCUGACUUGAUGAUUCCUUGAUUUAUAAUUUCAUAGAGCUCCCUUCAUCGGAAUAACCCCUUUGUGGUUUACGAUAUUACACUUGUAUUUUUUAUUUUAGUUUUUCGUAAGGAUUCUCUUUACCUAUUUAUUAUUGAAUAAGAUUUUUAUAAUAUGA